CUCAAGUUCCCAUCUAUGUCUUCGGCCGCCCGCAAACCUGCUCCGCGGCUCGCAAGACCAGCUGUUCGAUACUGGAAGGGAAAGGCUCCCAAAGGGGCAGCGGAACUACCUUCGGAUGAAUCGGAACAAGAGGAUGAGGCCGGUGGUGCUGGAAUGGAGGAGGAGGAUGUUGACAUUGGCGGGGAACAAGACAUAGUUUCCGAGGACGAUGAGGACGACGUCAAGCCUGUCCCUCCUCUCAAACAGAUCAAGGCCAUAAAUGUGUCCCUCGAAGAUGUCAAUAUCUCGAAAGAUGGCAAAGUCAUCGUGGCAGGUCGGGAGGAGUCCGGUCGGACGGCAGUGGAGGACGAGGAGGAAUCAGAGGAAGAGUCCGACGAUGAACCGACGCAACCAGGGUUGAAGGCCGAUUCAGAAGACGAAGACGCGCGUUCUAGCGAAUACGAAUCUGACUCGGAAGACGAGAAACCCAAACUGCAAUUCCGACCGGUCUUCGUGCCCAAACGCGCUCGUGCAACACUAGUGGAACGUGACAUAGCAGAAGAUUCGGAGGAGGCUCAACGGAAGCGUGAAGCAGAUGCCGAGGAACGUAAGAAACAGAGUCACGACAUGGUCGCAGAAAGUAUCCGGAGAGAGCUACUCGAAAAGGAGAAGGAGGACAACGUCCCGGACAUCGACGACACCGACGGAAUUGAUCCUGAGGCCGAGUUCGAGGCGUGGAGACUGCGUGAAUUGGGCCGUAUCAAGAAAGAGAAGGAGGAGGAGCUGCGCCGUGACGAGGAGAGAGAGGAGAUUGAGAGGAGACGUGCUCUUCCUGAGGAGCAGCGCAUGAAGGAGGACCUGGAGCGCGCCCAGAAACUACGCGACGAAAAACCCAAGGGUUCACAAAAGUUCCUCCAAAAGUACUGGCACAAGGGUGCUUUCCAUCAAGACGAGGAAAUUCUCAAGCGGCACGACUUCACCGAGGCGACGGAAUCAACGGUGGAUGUGUCGGUGUUGCCAGCCGUGAUGCAAGUGAAGAACUUUGGCAAACGGAGCCGCACCAAGUAUACACACUUGGUCGACCAAGACACCACACUUGCCACUGGUGGCUUUGGCGGUGCUGCACCUGUCAAGGCCGGGGGAAAAUCUACCGACGGAGGAGGUUGUUUCUUAUGCGGCGACUGCCCGCAAAACACUGGCCCGCUCAUGCAAUUGGCUGGUACGGGCGCUAAUCAAGCACCCACGGGCCCGCAGAGGAACUGGGGUGGGCCUCCUUCGCAUUCUCGAUGGAACGACCGCGAUAACGCGAUGCAGCUGUUCAUGCGGAACAUCGACUUUUCAGUCACAUUCGACGAAUUGAAGACCGCGCUUGCCACUCACCUCCAUCGGCCGCCAUUCUCCGUCGACUCUAAGAUCAAUUUCCAUAUCCAGCUCUUUCGCCAGGGCAGGACACACAAGGGAUGCGGCUUGCUCACUCUGCCGACAGCAGAGAUCGGAAAGGCGUUCCUUGCGCUGUAUGGAUCUAGUGGCCUGGUUCUCAAGCGGCGCACUGUGCGAUUCACAGUGAGCAACCAGGCCGUGAACGAUGGGCUGGUCGAGACGAUGCGCACUACACCCUGGGAGGAUCCCCGGGUGGUUCGUGAGCAGCAGGCGCGGCGCGCGGAACAGUCCCAAUCCAUCCCGUUGGCCGACUUCUCGUUCGGGCGCUUCGGGAAGGACGGCGUCUUCUCUCCUGAAGUCGUGUAUCACGGCUCGGUGGCCUGCAACUUGGAAACGCGCAGUAUCGAAGUACUUUGCCAGAGUGCCCCACCGGAUGGGAUACAGGCCAGCGCGUCGAGUGGCUUCGAAAGUUUCGUGGCAUCGAUUGCUCGAGUUCUCCUGUCCGAGUUCGAGGCUCAACCUGGCCGGGACACCUUUUCUGCGCGUUUCGCAGCCCCCAGGAUCGUGGCCUUUGGGACUGUAAGCUCGUUGCACCGCGCAUUCCUCCGAACAGAUAUCCCUCCAACAUUCUUGCGCACCCCGUGGCAGUCAGAGGAGGCUAAGGAGAAUGCAGAUGUCUGGGGUGCUCCGCCAACGCGCCCCGAGCGUGUUUCUUCUCUGGCAACGGCCGACUUCCUUGCCACAUCGCACACAUCGCAGGCACUGUGCCUGACGUUCUCGAACCAUCGCGACUUCAACCUGUUCAUAGGACGGAGUGACCACCUCAAUAUGCCCGUGAGCCCUGUAGAGAAGAACAUCCAGGUAACGGAGCGCGGUAUCUACAGGGAGGAGAAGCUUUCGGAGGUGAAGGCGCUGCUUGAGACUUUGGAUUUCGAUUUGGCAUUCCAGAUCGACAAAGCAAUAUGGGGUGGGAUCCUGGAGCCGGAGGAGGUUCUCUCGAUGACGGACAGUCUGAGAGAGCUGCAACGAGCAACGCGCGAUGGUGAAGCCGGAGCUAUCUUCCAUCAGUUUGCCAUGAUGCUCGAGGUACCUGGCCUAGAUUCCGCUCCGAGAAAGAAAAGGAAUCGACGGCGCAGCAGGAAAAAGCAGCUCGAAGAUGUACAGCCAGUUGAUCUGCGCGAGCGGCUUGCGGAAGCGGUCGAUGUCUACAAGGAUCAGCUCCAUCGGCGCACCCGCCUCAAGUACACACCCGCCGCUGGGAUAUACAAGUCAUAUCAUGUCAUUCUGACCCCCUCGACGCAGAUUCUCGAGGGCCCACUGCCCGAUCAGUCAAAUGCAGUUCUUAGAAGGUUCAAGAACCACGACUGCUUUCUUCGUGUCUCAUUCCAGGACGAGAAUCGGUCUCCACCUCGGCAGGAUCCGAGCAUGUGGAUCAACGAGCUUCUCGAGAAGCGAUACAAGGGCCCCCUGAAUUCAGGAAUGACUGUCGCUGGGCGGGACUACCAGUUUCUUGGAUAUUCCAUGAGCGGUUUGAAGGAGUAUUCCUUCAUUUUUAUGAUGCCUUUCAUGUUUGAGGGUGUUCGCAUGGACGCUAAAGGAAUCAGAGAUCAGCUUGGAGAUUUCUCUACCAUUUCUUACAAGCCAGCUCUGCUCGGAGCUCGAUGGAGUCAGGCCUUCUCAUCUUCAGACCCCACUAUCCAACUGGAGCCGUGGCAGAUGGUCAACGUCGAUGAUAAGCAGUCGCUGUCCGGUUCUCUUUUCACAGACGGGUGCUCGUCUCACUCGACCACGCUCAACAAGGCCAUCUGGAAGCGACUGCGCCGCUCCCACAAUAUGGCCCAGGCGCCGUCGGCUUACCAGUUCCGCUGUGGAGGCUCGAAAGGGGUGAUCGUGCACAAUCCCAACCUGCCGGACGAGACUCUGAACUUCCGGCCGUCUCAAACCAAGUUCCAGGUGUCUGCGGCCCAGAUCCGGACUCUCGAUGUCGCUGCGACCUCUGCUAGGCCGAUUCCGAUGUAUCUCAAUCGUCCUUUGAUCACUCUUCUCGAGCACCAUGGGACACCGAGGCAGUCUUUCAUGGCUCUGCAGGACGCUGCGAUCGAAAACGUGCAGACGAUGAAGGACUCGCUAAGGAAAGCGUCGCAGAUAUUUUCACAGCACGGACUGGGCAGCUCGUACCGGCUGCCAUCACUGUUUGACAACCUCCACCGUGAGCUGCAUCUCGAAAUCGGGCCCUGGCAAGACGAGUCGUUCUUGCGGCACGACUUGGUCAAAACCUGCCUGGCUUUCGCGACGAUGCAUGUCCUGCGCGAGAUCAAGCACCGGGCGCGCAUAUUCGUGCCUGGGUCGUACACGCUGAUGGGCGUCUCUGAUGAAUGGGACUGUCUGGAGGAAGGCGAGGUCUAUGCGACUGUGGUCGACCACCGCACGGGUCUGAACCAGGCCAUCACGGGGCGAAUCGUGAUCACGCGGAGCCCUCAGAUCCAUCCCGGGGACAUCCAGUUUGUGCUAGCUGUGCGGAGACAAGAGCUAUCCCAUCUGACCAACGUCGUUGUGUUCUCGUCCAAGGGUCAACGAAGUCUACCUUCCAUGCUGGGUGGAGGUGAUUUGGACGGGGAUAUCUAUAAUCUUAUCCUUAAUGUGGGUGUCAGCCAGCACCCUGUGCACUCGGGUCGCAUUCAUCUUGCACAGGAAACCCUUUAUCCGCCCAAAGAACUCACAGCUGUACCCGGUGAAUACAAGGCUCCUCCUACAAGAGAAACCCCGCAUCCAUGCACUGUCGCUGAUGUUGUCGACUUCGUCAUCGAUUACGUGGGUGUCGAGGCCCGCCUUUGCCCGCAUUUUACUGAUGCAAAGCAGAUCAAGUCAGACUUGGUAGGGAUGAUCGCGACUCUGCACCUCCGGAUCGCAGAUUUGGAAGGUGCAGGCUCCGAAAAGUGUCUGAAGCUCGCCGAAUAUGCCUCGUAUGCGGUCGAUUUCCAGAAGCGGGGGCAACCUGUCAAUUUCAAAGACCUGCCUGCUGCGCCGAACCGGAUGCAUCCCGACUUCCUUUCGGGCGAAGGCGUCAAUCCUGCGCAGGCAAUGGGUGAGCGCUACUACGUCAGUCUGAAGGUACUCGGAGAACUGUACCGCAAUGUCCCUCUGGAGGAAGCACGCCCGGAUGUGGCCAUGCUGCGCGAGCAGUGGACCGACGGCGAUCUCAUCCAAGAAAUGCUGAGCGGCUGCGGACUGCCUGCGCUGGGCCUGAUCGGCGUCGAGCAGAUUCCGGACGACGAGCUGAUGGAUGAGAUGCGCGAGAAUCUCGACGAGUAUUGCGAGCAGCUUCUGCUGAUCGCCAAGACGCACACGGUGUCCAAACGCGAUAAUGCGCACCUCACCGAGGCGGAGAUGGUCAGCGGCACCAUCCAGGAGAGGUACAAGGACCAUCGGAAGCGGCGUGAUGUCAUCGCAGCGAUGAAUUUGCAGGCAAAUUAUGUCCAGACUCAAGAACUGACGAGUGCGAUCCGACACGAAUUCCAGUCCGCCAAGUAUCACAAGGCCGACGACCACGAAGAAGGCGAUGACGAGGACGAGGACGACGAGUGGGACGAGUGGGCCACGCUGGCCGUCGACGAGGAGAGGCGGAGAGACCGGUUCGAACGCUCGUGGGCAGCGUGGCUGGCUGCAGAGGAAGCGCUCGACGAAGACCCCAGUGCGUUCGGGCCAUCCAGCUUUGGCUUGCUGGCACUGGGGACGAUGCUGGAGGUUCUCAAAGAGGCCAAGAAGAAUGGGAAGCAGGAAUGGAGGGUCGACGUGCCGAUGCGGUCUUUCCAGGGCGGAUACUACCCGCACCUUAUUGCUCUGUAUGAAAAACUCGGGAUCCCCUUCCGGCAGAGAGACUUUUCCUACUCGUUCUCUUCGUACUCUCGGCUCGCAGACAAGACACCGUUGCAGACGACUCUAAUAUACAAUGGCACGUCAGGCCGGAAGGGCCUGGGGAUACCUGCCUGGAUGAAGGACUUGCACCUUCGCAGGCCACGAUACGCGCUCCUCACGCGUGCUUUCGUGUUCGUCCUGUUUAUCUUCUCGACACUACAGUUCCUCGUGUGCUACGUGCGACUGCUGCUGUUUGCCGUUCCUGCACUGAGAUCGACGCGACACAACGAAUUCACCUUCCGCGAAUGGGUCGAGGACACGACUCCUCGCAGUUUGGUUGCCCGUGUACUGCGAUUUGACUGUGUGUGGAGAUCGUUCACGGAAGACGUUCUCAUUCCACUGUUCUCUGCUGUUUGUACCGCUCCGGAAGAAUCUAUCAAUGCUCAUCCAGUCGAAGAGUUUCUUGAUUACAUCUGGCUUACACUCGGCACGCACCAUUACGUUGUGACUAAGGGCGUCAGAGAUGCAGUCCGACAUCUGACUACCAACAUCAAAAAUAUCCAUCUUUCGGCGCGAAUCGUUGGCUUGGAGUCGGACUCCAGUGAUCCACGCCUCGUGGCGAUCGAGUACUCGACCGGGUCGGGCACGAAAAUCGCACGCGGAUUCCACCAUGUGGUGUUUGCGACCCAAGCCAGCCGCGCCGUGCCCUUAUUGGCGACAUACGCAGCGGAUCUCCCGGCCGAGUCCGCGGCCAAGCAUGCUGUGAUGGCCCAGAUCCAAUGCCUGGAGAGCUUCCACUACGUGCGGACAGUGGUCGUCAACCACACCGACGACUCGAACACCCUGCUGCCCUCCGACAGGCGGGACCGCCGAGAUCUCAAUCUAGUCGCUGCCGCCCAGCCGAGCCGCGAUGCGCUCAACGCGUGGUCGCCUCACCGGGUCGCCCCGACCCACGCCAUGACCACGCAUGUCCUGGAGCCUCCGCCCGGGUUCGGCUACGACCGACCCGUGUUCCAGACGACGAACCCGUUCGUCGAUAUCCUCGAUGACCGGAUCCUGAGCGUCGCGACGCUCGAGCGCGCGGUGCUCACGCCCGCGUCGAAGGCGGCCCUCCGCCGCCUGUGCGUGCAGACCAGCAGAAAGUGGUGGCAGUCGUCUGCCGAGGCCGAGUACGCCGUUGGGGAUCUGCAGGGCGCCGGGAGGAUGGCAUCGGGCGCCAGCGCGGGUAUCUGGAUCUGCGGGUCGUAUGCGCAUGUGGGGAUUCCUUUGCUGGAGGGUUGUGUCGUCAGCGCGCGCAAUGUCUACCAGGCGAUAUUGGGAGAGGACUCUGUGGGUGCAAGCUCUGGUGGUAGGACGAAGCUGACUGGAUCCAUCAGCCUGCGUGCCUUGGAAGAGCAGACGAGUAUAUUGAGACGUUUCGAGGCUCGACAGGCCGGCGAUACAGGCAAGCUCUGCAGCCCCUCGAUCCUGACGACGCCCAGCUUACGUGCCAUUGUGACAGACCCGUCGUCCCAGCCCAUUCCGCAGGUGUCGGCUACGAGCAAUAGCACAUGGGGAGCGAUGCUACGUACAGCCAUCGGUGAUACGAUUCAACCGCAAGUGGACAGAUGGCGCAGCGGGAUCGAUGCUCUGCUGGUAUUCAUCGGUUUGUUUUCUGCCGUUGUCACCACCUUUCUUGUGGGGUCUCUGCCCAGUCUUCAACAAAGCGAUACAGCGCGGACGAACGAGCUAUUAGCCAAUCUCACCAACAUCAUCAUCCAGUUGAACUCCGGGACUCAAGCCUCCUCUCUGAUUUUCCCCAGUGCUACUCUCUUCACUCCCGACGAAGUCAACAUUAGGGUCAAUUCGUACUGGACCAUAUCACUAGUUCUGAGCUUGUCACUGGCUGCGCUGGCUGUGGCUUGCCGUGGUAUCCUCAAUCAAGUCACCCUCUCUCGUCGCAAGCAGACCACCGAAAAGCUCAUCGAGAUCCAGAACCGAUGGAAAGCCGCCGACAUUGUGCUGGGCCCGGCAGUUGACAUGCUACCCUUGUUUCUCGUGUUCCCAGUCGUUUUGUUCGUGCUGGGGUUAAUCGACACUGUCGUGGCGGCUGGCACUGCGCUACAUAUUGCGCCAAUCCCGCUAUUUGCUGCAGUCGCUAUCUCUCUAUCCUGUGUCACCGCAGUAUUGGCGUUCUUUGCCAAGACAAUAUUGCAUCCGGGCCUUCGACCUUCCGAGUGGCCUUUUCAGUCACAAUUGACCACAGCUUGGCAUAUGGUCUUUCCGCCUGAACAACCUGUCAUCGGCGAGGGAGAUCAUGCUGCUCAAGUUAUCAAGCAGGUCUACCACGAAACGGUGCAGACUAUCUAUGACGAUCAGGCGCUGGACAAGGCAGCGAGCUGUGUAUCGAGCCAUAUUGGACAUUACGAAGUCAAAACCGGUCUUUUGUUCCCGGGUCUUCAGGUGUGGGAGACAGAAGUGAAGACUCUUGCACAUUUGCUUCUCCCUGAGGCGAGCCUCCGAUGCAACUCGACAGCCGCUCAUGUCAUCAUCGAAAACUGGUCUCUUUUCGGCCAAUUUUCUGAGGAGCUGCCGUACUCCGAUUUUCCACCACAAAUGACGCUUAUGGAGCCUCUGACAGAGGCGGCUCGUCGCUCGUUGCGGACGUUGCCGAAGAAGAACCUUUGGUUUUCGAUUUAUCUCAAGGCGAUAGCAGUCAUCUGCCGCAAUUAUCAUCCUCACCACCCCCCGGUCCCAUGUCUAAUCGGCGCGAAUCCGCGCAUCCGUAGUCCAGAGGUGGACUACCUGCUCCGUGGUGUUUUGUUCGAUCACCUACGUCAUGUGCAGCCGGAGAGUGCCUGGACUGCUGACGAGGUAAACCUCUUUGUGCCGGAUCAUAUCGACACGAGUAACGUUCUGCGCUUCAUCUUCUCUCUGCGUGAUCCUGAUGAAGUCGUCAUUUUGGCCUCGCUGCUGAUGAGGGCCAAGACACCAGGACAAGUGCUCAGCAUUGCAGUCCAACCCGAGUUCUGUACGGACUCGACCGUAUAUUCCCACCUCGUCGCAAGCUGGGUUCUACAGGCGUUCCAGAGCUUACCGGAACCUCUGCGCAACCUACCGGCAGAAAGGAAGUCUACGUUGAAACAACUGUGCUUCUUCUGCAUUCGCACAACCAAGGAAAUGCAUUGGGCGGCACUCUAUACACACCAUCUUCGCGUUCUGGAGAGUGCAUUGUCUAGCCUUCCCGCCCAGUCCGGGAUCCUGGACAGAUUGAUGCAGGAAGCUGGCUUGGAGAAAACGACUUUUCCUCCGCGCAUCUCCGCCGCUCCCCCGCACAGAUCUGCUAUACGAUCAUCUUCAACCUUACCCCCGGAGGCGAUUCCCUUCCCCAGCCCCAUUCGACGCCUAAAAUCAUUCGUCGCCUCGCCUGCUGGGCAUAACGCGUUGUGGAUUCCUCCCCCCGCGAGCGAAUCGGACGAAAGCACAGCGGAUAACUUCCAAGACAUAUUGGGAAUGUACACAGUGCCCGAAUAGAUUCAAUGGACCCGAGCACAGCUCUCGUUGUUUUUCUGUAGCUACAUGUACUCUGCUGGAAUAUCUAAUGGGUUUCGAAGUGCAUUCUCCUUUGAGUCAUUCUACCUGGAGUACAAGUCUGCGGGGGAGAAGGAUCUCGCUCAAUAUAUAGGUUGUCU